CGAAAAAAGCUCUUCUCGUUCUUGUUUUCAACGGUUACGCUUUAUCUUGGAAGGCACCAAACUUUAAAAGCAAAUUGUAAUACAAUUUCUCAUUAAUUUUCAUUAUGAGCAGGUAUAAGCUUUUUAUUGGUCACCUUUCUCCAGACGUACGAACUCGCGAUCUCGAAAGAUUUUUUAAAGACCAUGGUUUUUCGAAAUCGAUCACGGAAGUCGUUGUCAAAACAGGAUAUGGAUUUGUGAUUUUUGAUGACCGACGUGAUGCUGAUGAUGCCAUUUAUGAGCUCAAUGGAAAAGAAUUGCUGGGGACACGCUUACAAGUCGAAUUUGCAAAACCAUCUGGGCGUUCUGAAGAUCGUGGCAGAAGUUAUGGUGGUGGUGGUGGUGGCGGUGGUACCAGAUCAAGGGACGAAAGAGGUGGCAGUAGAAGUUACAGUGACAGAGGAGGUGGAUACAGUAGCAAAUAUGGACGCCCUUACAACACAGAAUAUCGUUUGAUCAUUGAGAAUCUGUCUACAAGGUGUAGUUGGCAGGACAUAAAAGAUUAUUUCCGACAAGCUGGUGAAGUUACUUUUGCAAAAUGUCACCGUGAAAAGAUGGGAGAAGGCGUCGUUGAGUUUGCCACCCACAAGGACAUGCAAAAUGCGAUUCGAAAGUUGGACGAUACAGAGUUAUUUGGAAAGAGAAUAAAACUCAUAAGCACAUUUCGUGGCUCUGGCUCCAGAUCUCGAUCACGAAGCCGUAGUCGUUCACCAAAAAGACAUUCUCGCUCGUUUUCGCGUUCUCCUGUUCGCCGCGUAUCACGAUCGCGCUCACCUCCACGAAGAAGUUUAUCGAGAAGUCCAAGAAGAUCUUUGUCCAGGUCUCGUUCGCGUUCACUAAGAUAAGGUGGAAUCGUUUUCUUCCAUCAUCGUUUGGUGAAGAUUAUAACUAAAUGUGUAAACGAAUCUGCGAUUUAACUUGUACGAAGUGAUAGCCAAGCAGACGCCGUGUAAAUAUUUUAACGCCUGUGCUUUGCUUUAUAUUCAAGUAUAUCGUGUUAAAAUGUUUUUAAAA